AUGCAUCAGGUCCAAGUGAACGCCGUCCGUGAUCGUGACUUCGCUAGACCUCGUAAAAUCAUGGGUUGGGGAUUUGUCACAUGUGGUCCAAAUGAAGCGUUAGUCAUUUCAGGAUGCUGUUAUGCGAGACCACAUCUGGUUCCUGGAGGACGUGCGUUCGUCUGGCCUGUCAUUCAGCAAUUCCAGAAAGUUUCUCUACAACUGAUGACGGUACAGAUUCUAAGCAAGAAAGUCGUGACUAAGUUGGGCGUCCCGAUUUCCGUCGUGGGUACCGCUCAGGUAAUACUGAGUUUGAAUACCAUGACUCUACAAGUUGAAAGUCCUACGGUGUAUACGGGUCAAGGGGUGCCAAUAUCCGUCAUUGGAGUGGCGCAGGUGAAGAUCCAGGGACAAAACGAAGAAAUGCUCUUGAAUGCGUGCCAGUUGUUCCUAGGGAAGAAUGAUUCACAGAUUCGCCAGGUUGCCUUGGAAACGCUCGAAGGACAUCAGAGAGCAAUUAUGGGUUCCAUGACUGUGGAGGAAAUCUACAAAGACCGAAAGAAGUUCAGUGCACACGUGUUCGAAGUGGCAUCAACCGAUCUGGUAAACAUGGGCAUAACAGUUGUGUCGUACACCUUGAAGGAUAUCCGUGACGAAGAAGGAUAUCUCAAAGCACUUGGCAUGGCUCGAACUGCGGAAGUGAAACGAGAUGCACGGAUUGGAGAAGCCGAAGCUCGUCGCGAUGCGCAAGUCAAAGAGGCUAUCGCGGAAGAGGAACGCAUCGCUGCCCGUUGCAUCAACGAUAUUGAGAUCGCCAAAGCCCAACGAGAUUUCGAACUGAAGAAAGCGGAAUAUGACAUGGAAGUUCAAACGAAGAAAGCAGAAGCCGAAAUGUCAUAUGAUCUUCAAGCGGCCAAAACUCGCCAGCGCAUCAAAGACGAGGAAAUGCAAGUGAAAGUCAUUGAACGCAUGCAAGACAUCAACGUCCAAGAGCAAGAAAUCCAACGGAAGCUGAAAGAAUUGGAGGCGACCAUUAAGCGUCCCGCCGAGGCGGAAAAAUACCGGUUGGAGAAGAUCGCCGAGGCCAAUCAAAAACGUUGCGUCCUCGAAGCAGAGGCGAAAGCCGAAGCCAUCAGACUCAAAGGAGAUGCCGAGGCCUUUGCCAUCGAAGCCCGGGCCAAAGCAGAAGCCGAGCAGAUGGCGAAAAAGGCGGAUGCCUGGAAGGAGUACAAGGAAGCCGCCAUGGUGGAGAUGAUGUUGGAAACGCUGCCGAAAGUAGCGGCGGAGAUUGCGGCGCCGUUGGCGCAGACGAAGAAGCUCACGAUGGUGUCGAGCGGCGGCGGAGAAGUCGGGGCGGCAAAGAUCACCGGCGAGGUCAUUGAGAUCAUGUCUCGACUGCCGAUUUUGGUGAAGCAAAUGACCGGCGUGGACAUGAACAAGUUCACGAGGAAGAGCAAAGUGGACCAGCAUAUAGUUCCCAGUGCUGUCAAUCCUGCUAGCAAGAAUAAGCAUUGA